GAAUUACAGUUGCUCAGCCUGCCUCUCUUCACACCUAGACUGAGGACCGUUUGCUUCUCACGCCUUUGCUCAUUUAUCUUCUUAUACAGUAAAACAAAAAACAAAAAAAGUUCUGACAAUGUGCUCGUUUGGCGGUGUCAAAUGUUGCUUCAUUUUCUUCAAUUUGCUCUUUUUGGCAUCUGGAGUUACUCUCAUCAUUAUCGGAGUACAGCAACACUUGACUUACUCGCAGAUGGGAACUUUUGCAGGGCGCGGCCUGAUUAAAAUGGCCAUAGUUCUCAUUGCAGUGGGUUCCACCAUAGCCCUCGUCUCCCUCUUGGGCCAUUUGGGGGCAUUCUUUGAUAAAUAUUCUAUGGUGGCUUGUUUCAUCAGCAUCCUGAUCAUCAUUAUCAUUUUGGAGAUACUCACAGGGGCUGUCUUUUACGUAUUCCGCAGCAGGACUGUCGCCUUGAAGGGUGCUAAAAGUGCUAUGGACUACAACAGCAGAACACAAAGGGUGAUCCAUGAAUACAGCCCAGAGAAGAGACACACCAUAGACCAAAUUCAGGAAAAGUUCAAAUGCUGUGGCGCAGACGGCCCCACUGACUGGUCCAGCAGUGUGGGCUGGGUCAACCAUGAUGCCGUGCCAGAUUCCUGCUGCGUGGAGAAGAGUCAGGGCUGCGGAAAGAACAAGAACAAAGUUCACAAAAAGGGUUGUAUCACGGCCAUCAGGAUCUUUGUGUUGAAAAACCUGGUGUGGGUCGGUGCUGUCUGCAUUGCUCUCGGAGUCUCAGAGGUUUUCGGAGUAGUUGUCGGAGUGUGCUUGUGUAUAAAAUUAAAAAAAAAAGACUAUGAAGAUAUGAGCUGAUGCAUCUCAUGCGCUCCCUCGUCACGGCCAAGCACUAGCCAACGUCCCAUCACAUAUUUGAUCUAUUUUAUUUGCUUUUCCAGUGUAUUAUUUUUUUAAAUGUGACAUUAAUUGUUAAACAUAAGUUGUAUGUACUUGUAUGUGAGUGCAAUAAAUAAAUUGUAACCAAAAAAAAAUUGUUAGCCUGGGCUACAUAAAGAUUAAACAUGUGGUUCAGAUGAACAUGUCAUUGACAUGUUUGAAAACUACUAAAAGAUAUCUUAUUGCUACUUUCAUGCUUGCCAACUGUGACCAUUUCAACAAGUUAUCUGACAAAUUGAAAUAUUUGUGUCUAUGGGUCUAGCCUAUGUCUUUGAAACACCUGUUAUAAUAGUCUUGUGUUUAAAUUUCAUUCUACUAUGAAUAUUUUCAAUAAAUGUGUGAUACAUUCUG